GCAUUUAUCUGUCAAAAAUAAUUCAUUGUUCAGCAGCUCACUGUGUCUGUUGAUGUGUUUCGAUUUAAUUUCUCAAUUAUUGUAGAAAGACUCGUUCAACAUUUAGUGAUUAAUUAAACAGUUUUAAAUUUGAUUGAAUUUAUAAGAAUUGUAAAUCUACAAAAUGUGUGGAUUCAUUUCAGUUCGUAAAUCAGUUCGGUGGCUGCCGGACGUAGCGAGUGAGCCUACCUCCACGAUUGUUUUGACUUCCCCGCAGAGGCAGUUCGUCGAUUUACGUAUUUUGAAGGACGAGAACGGUAGCAUUGAAGGUGAAAACCUUCCAUUUUCCAGGCUCGACUGGGCCAUAGCAGGAACAUCCUCUUCUACUACUUGCACAAUAGAUGGAAAACAAGUUUCUCGCUCUCAAUUUGUUCACUGGAUUGAUUCACGCACAUCUACACCAGAAAAUGCUACUGACGAAGGUGACAUGUACCCCCAGCCGGAUGGAACCACAAUAGAAAAGGGUCACAUGGUGAAUCCUGAUACGGGCAUUGUCACUGCUUAUGAGGAAGUUUGGGAUGAUAAGGAUGUUCCUUCUACUGAUGAGGCUCAAGUUUGUGUGGUAUUGAAGUACGAAAACGGUGAUGAUAAGGGCAUGGUAGUUAAAUUGGGCAAGUAUUGCCAGGGUUUCAUGAAAAUUGGAGAGCAAAUGUCUUUGGAGAGAUGGGAAUGGACUGUUCGUACCAUCCAAAUGGGGACGGAGGAAUUACCCUCUAAACUGGUUAUGGAGAGGAAAUUUAUACUUGGCGAAGACGUGGAAGUAGCUGGAAGAUCCUGGAAAGUUGUAGAAAUAGCAUAACCGGCGAAAAGUUUGCUUACACUUUCGAUAUGAUACAUCAUACCGUUGCUAAGUGUCUCGGCUUCGUUUGCUUCAUUCGUUUUUGUGUAAGAGAUAGAUAAGAAAACAUUUUUUUUCCGAAACGUUGGUGAAAUUUCAUAUGAAAUCGUUGUUUUUGCCAUUGAUUAUAAGCUGAUGAAUGAAGUAGUGACGAUAACAGUGUCUCUCCGAACAGUUUUUUGUUGUAUUUUUAUUUGAUUGAGCAGUCUGAAAGAGAGCAGAGAAAGAAAGAGCAUGAAUUUGGACGUUAUUUCUAUACCCAAGGAACAAAAAUGUAACCAUUUUCAGUAGAUUUCACCAUCGCGUAAUGUAACGUUUUGGCCCAUUUUCGUGAUAAUUUCAGUGUUAUAUUUAACGUGGAUUAUGUGCAUGGUUCCCAAUAAAAU